AUUCUCUCAAACUUCUCCACUUUAUUUUUCCCUUUGUCUUUUAUUUACUUUUCUUAUAAUUUUAUUAUUUUCAUAACAAGUUUUGAUUUUUAUUUGUUUUGUUUUAAUUUGGGGUUGAAAUGAAACGAGCUAAGUUCGACUCAGUAAUCUCAAUGAGUCGACUCAGAUCGAUUCAAGUCUUGAUGGGUUUGUUGUUUUUGUAUUUUUUGUUGGUUACUUUGGAAAUACCUUUGAUUUGUAGACUUGGGUUUGGGUUAGAAUCGUAUGAACUUAUUUCUACACCUUUUGAUAAUAAUUCCAAAUUUAGCAGGCUUAAUAGUGUUGGUGAGUUGAGUGGUUCGAGUCAAGAUCCAGUUUUUCCUUCAAGGGUUGUGUCAAGUAGAGCUAAAAUGGGAUUUUCAUUACCUCAUAGGAAGAUGGGUGAGUUUAAGAAAAUUUCAGGUUUCAUUUUUGAUGAGAAGGUGUUUGAUAGCUUUGAUAAAGAUGAGUUUUCUGAGCUGCAUAAAGUUGUUAGGGAUGCUUUUGUAGCUGGGAAGAAACUGUUUCAGGAUAUCGAAUCGGGGAAAGUUGGAACGGAGGUAGUGAGUCUGACUCAGAACCGGACUGAGUCGUGUCCUAACUCGGUGUCUUUGUGGGGUAGUGAGUUUGUGGCUGGUGGGAAGAUUAUGGUGAUACCUUGUGGACUGACUUUAGGGUCUCAUAUAACAGUAGUGGGGACGCCUCGGUGGGCCCACGAAGAGAAGGAUCCUAAAAUUACAUUGGUGAAGGAUGAUGAUGAGAUUGUGAUGGUUUCACAGUUUAUGAUGGAAUUGCAAGGAUUGAAGACAGUUGAUGGAGAGGACCCUCCAAGAAUACUGCAUUUCAAUCCGAGGUUGAAGGGGGAUUGGAGUGGAAGGCCAGUGAUUGAGCAGAAUACAUGUUAUAGGAUGCAGUGGGGGUCUGCUAUGAGGUGUGACGGUUGGAAAUCCAAGCCUAGUGAGGACACUGUUGACGGACAGGUGAAAUGUGAGAAGUGGAUACGUGAUGACGAUGAUCACUCUGAAGAAUCAAAGGCUACAUGGUGGUUGAAGAGAUUGAUUGGUGGGAGGACAAAGAAGGUUUCAAUUGACUGGCCAUACCCCUUUGUAGAGAACAAGUUGUUUGUGCUUACUGUCAGUGCUGGCUUAGAAGGUUAUCACAUCAAUGUAGAUGGGAGACAUAUUUCUUCCUUUCCUUAUCGUACUGGUUUUACUCUUGAGGAUGCGACGGGUCUGUUUGUUAAUGGGGAUAUUGACGUGCAUUCUGUAUUUGCUGCUUCAUUACCUUCAACACAUCCAAGUUUUGCUCCGCAGAGGCAUUUGGAAAUGUUGCCCAAGUGGCAAGCUCCGCCACUUCCAGAUGAACCUGUGGAGCUCUUUAUUGGCAUCCUUUCUGCAGGCAAUCAUUUUUCAGAGAGAAUGUCUGUGAGAAAAUCUUGGAUGCAGCAUCCAUCAAUUAAGUCUUCAAAUGUUGUAGCCCGUUUCAUUGUGGCAAUGCAUGGAAGAAAAGAGAUAAAUGUGGAGCUCAUGAAAGAAGCAGAUUUUUUUGGCGAUAUAGUUAUAGUCCCUUACAUGGACAAUUACGAUCUUGUUGUAUUGAAGACAGUAGCAAUUUGUGAAUAUGGGGUCCGUACAGUCGCGGCGAAGUAUGUAAUGAAGUGUGACGAUGACACAUUUGUAAGGAUUGAUGCUGUGAUGAAGGAAGCUAAGAAAGUCCCUAGUGGUAGAAGCCUGUAUGUUGGUAACAUCAAUUACAACCAUAAGCCCCUUCGACAUGGUAAAUGGGCAGUCACCUAUGAGGAAUGGCCUGAAGAAGAUUAUCCUCCCUACGCCAAUGGGCCUGGUUACAUCAUCUCAUUUGACAUCGCAGAGUACAUAGUUUCCGAGUUUGAGAAACACAAGCUGAGGUUGUUUAAGAUGGAGGACGUGAGCAUGGGAAUGUGGGUUGAACAGUUCAACAGCUCCAAGCCCGUGGAGUAUGUGCAUAGCUUGAAGUUUUGUCAGUUUGGGUGCAUUGAUGAUUAUUACACUGCACAUUAUCAAUCUCCAAGGCAAAUGAUCUGUCUGUGGAGAAAGUUGCUGAACCAAGGGAAACCUCAAUGCUGUAACGUGAGAUGACAAGGCAUACCCCGUUAGCUAGUGUUAGGCAAUGCUGAAAAGGAAGCUAGACAAGAUAAGUUCCCCGGGAGAGCUUGUACAUAUAGCUCGAGUAAAUUAGCCUAUCGUGCUAUUAUAUUUACUUCAUCAUUCAUUAGUUAGUUAUUUUGUUGGGACACCAGUCUUGUGCCCUAGGCUAGUUGACAUGGGAGCUUGUGAAACUGUAUGGAAACAAUGAUAACUUAAGCUCUUGGAAUAUAAAAUUCAAGGGUGAACGGCUCAUUUUCAAUGUCAUUUUGCAAUUUACAUU